AUGGUAAAAGAUGCCUAUUUGGGCACUGUAGAUUGGAUUCUCUGGGCGGCAUGCGGAUCCGAUCCAGAAUCAGCACUGGCGGCUCUCGGCCAAUCAGGAGCGUCGGGGGUAUGCGGGGCGGUAUGGGGAGCGAGUGACAUAGCAUAUAGGUGCAGGACCUGUGAGCAUGAUCCCACCUGUGCCAUAUGUGUUCCUUGCUUUCUAGACGGGGACCAUGAGGGGCAUGAUUAUGCGAUGAUCAAAACGGGCGGUGGAUGCUGCGACUGCGGCGAUCCAACGGCCUGGAAGCGCCAGGGGUUUUGCAAGAAGCAUCCUGGACCUGGGCACGCCCCGCCCCUCCCGGAAACUUUCGUUGCCCGGGCAGAACCCGUCCUGGCCGCGGUUGCUGCGGAAUGGCAGCAGAAAAUAGUUUUUGCUGCCCGGCUGGAGGAAGAGAGGAGCGGAGGCACUGCGGAUUCUUACAGUACCGGUGCUGACGCCGAGGCUCGUGGUGGAGGCUCGGCUGCUGGAUAUCCUGCUGAGUACCCUGCAGAGCAUGCUGCAGGGGGCGCUGGGGCGAGACGGGCGCAUCAAUGGGCUCGGCUGUUGGAUAUCCUGCUGGAUAUCCUGCUGGGUACCUUGCAGAGCAUGCUGCAGGGGGCGCUGGGGCGAGAUGGGCGCAUCAUUGUGAGUUGUGGUUCCGGUCAGCUAUCCCGUGAGGAGGUGCGUAAUGGGCGAGUCACAGACGAUAUUCGCUACGUCCUCUCCCACUCCGCCUCCUCCCGCCACGUCACGGCCCGCCGCCCAGACCUGCUGCGCGCGUGGCUGCGCCAGCUGGCGGCCGCCCAGGGCAUGUGUCCACAUGUGCGGCGCACCACCACCCACGUGGCAAUAGAGCCUGAUGAUUGGAGCUUCGCUUACUUGUUAGAAGCACAGCUGGCGACUGUCAACCCGCUGCUCGCCGAAGCUAGCGCCGUGCCUGGGCUGGAGGCUUGGAAGGAGGGUCGGCAGGUGGAGGGAGGGUCAGGAGGGGAGAAGGGGGGAGGAGAGAAGGUAGGGGAGAAGUUAGUUGAAGGGGGUGGGUUUCCGGGUUUGGGGUUUGGGAGGAGGAAGACUUUGCGAUGGUUUGUGGAUGAAGGUGCAGGGCAGCACGCAGGGCAGCACACAGGGCAGCAGGCAGGGCAGCAGGCAGGGCAGCAGCAAGGGCAGCAGCAAGGGAACCAGUCAGGGCAGGCAGGAAUGGGGCAUGGCAGUGUCACAGCAGCAGGAGAGACCAUCCCUGGGGAUGAGGGUUGGGGAGGUGUGGCUGCUGACCUUGAUGCUACUACCAGCUGGAAGGCAGAGGGUUUUGAUCCAGAGGCGUAUGUGGAUGACUGGGGAGCGACAGAGACAGGCACACACACAUACCUGCCCCCCCGAGCCCGCGAGAUUCGGCAGGUGGCGGCGAGGUUCGGAGUUCCUCCGGCGUUAGUGAGGCUGCUGCACGAGUGUGCAUGGGUGCUGGCGCGGUGGGUGGCAGUGGAGGGGCUGAGAUCGCUAGAGGCGAGUUCUGUGUCUAAGGGGGCUGUGGGUGGGGCUGAGAGCGUGCUGGAGUGGCCAGUGGUGGAGUACGAUGUGGGGCGGCAGGAGGUGUCGUUCCACCUGCCUCUGCACCGCAUGCUCGCGCUCCUCCUGCACUCCCUGCUGCGCCUCUCCUGCCCCAUGCCUGACCCGCAAGGACACCCACAGGAAGACUCAGAACAGAGGGAAGGGACCGGAGGGAUGAUAUCAGCUGGCAUGUGGAGGAGGAACGGGCAAUCCAUGGUCGCUCUCUGCGACCUCUACCACUCCGUGCACUGGUGCGAGGACAGUCUCGAGUUGGAUCUCUUUCUGCUGCAGUGCGCUGCCGUCUCUGCCCCUCCUGAUGCCUUUGUGCGCCAGGUUGUGGCGCGCUACAGCCUCACCAGCUACUUCUCACUCACAGUGGGGGCUGCCUCAGAGUGA